AUGAAUAUUUUACAAGAAGCAGUUCAUUUAACCACAUUUAAUGUGAUUACGGAAGAGGACUACAUUUGUGAAGCGUGCUUUGAUGUAUCCAUGCAGUCUAUUAAUGCUCAAAUUCAUGGAAACAAUGAGUGUCAUCCAUCUGCUUGUUCAUCUCGCCUUGGUCAUACUCAAGUGUGCCCUUUGCUUUGUGGUCGAUCAAUGCUCAAUCGUCAAAGUGACCAUAUUCACAAAGAAAACCCAUCAAGCCUCACACUAAGAAUGAUCAACUUAAUUCGAGCUACUGUAGCACCUCGUCAGAUAUCACAAUAUGAUCGUGUAUGUCAUGCCUGUUGGUUGAGGUUUAAAAGACAAGCUCUUUUAACUCAACAACAGGAUGAAAGAAGAGGCUUAGAAGGUGAUGAGACUCCUCACGGUCAAGAAGAAGUGGAACAGCCUGUUGAUGCAGUUCAUGUUCCAGAAUUACAACCUCCCCCGUUUCUUGCAAGUACAGAUGAAAGGGAUUCGUCUGUAGAAUCAGUUGCAGCUCCAGAGCAAACUGAAAAUAUAGGUCCUGUAGUUUUCCACAAGUUGACAGGAGUCGACAAGGGUAUUGCGGUAUACGGCCUCAACAGUCCAAAGGACAAAAAUGCCCUGGGUUUUGACGUCGUAAAAUCCAUGAAGGAAGUAAAUGCACUAAUUCGAGAAGACACAAAAAUAUCUGUCGUCAUUUUACAUAGCCUGGUACGAGGAAUAUUCUGUGCAGGUGCAAACUUGAAAGAAAGAUUUAAAAUGUCAGAUGACGAAGCUAUAAAUUUUGUGAAAGGGCUCAGGGAAACAUUCAUAGAAAUAGAAGAUCUUCCUAUGCCAACCAUAGCUGCCAUUGACGGUGUGGCUGUAGGCGGCGGCCUGGAACUGGCCCUGGCCUGUGACAUAAGAGUAGCCGCAGAAACCUCUAGAUUGGGCUUAGUGGAGACCGGCAGAGGCCUCAUACCUGGUGCAGGUGGCACUCAACGUCUUCCACGUGUAAUCCACCCCAGCAUAGCCAAGGAACUGAUAUUUACUUCAAGAAUUGUUAAUGGAAAAGAGGCAAAGGAAUUAGGCAUAGUCAACCAUACGGUGCCGCAGAACGAGAAUCAUAACGCGGCGUUUGAGAAAGCGCUUGAAUUGGCCAGAGAGAUACUGUCCAACGCGCCUAUAGCUCUUCGCUGCGCCAAGCAAGCUAUAAACGAAGGUGUUCAGCUCAGCAUCAAGGACGGUUACGAAGUGGAACAGAAAUACUAUGAAAUAAAUGUACCGACAAAGGACAGACAAGAAGGCAUGAUCUCCUUCAUCGAGAAGAGGAAACCUAAAUACAAAGGGCAUUAA